AUGAAUAAAAAACUAUUUGUUUUUAUAGCAGUGUUAUGCUUCUUAGAAGUUGUUCUCUCUAAUCCUCCCCCUCUCUGUCCUCCUUGUACAUAUAGCGCUACUGGCGAUAGCUCAUCUAGCCCAUGUACCAACUGCCCUAGUGGAUUAUGUACAAAAGAUGCUGCAACAGUUGGAUAAGAUCCAAGUGUUUGUACAAUUAAGCCAUGCCCUAAAGGAAAAUAUAGUUCAUCUGGUUUUGAUUACUCAUAAUUUGGACUUUUUUGCAAUAAUUGCCCUCCAGGUACAACAACUGCUAGUAGUUAAACAUCAGGAAAUUCUCCAUAAGUUUGUAAUGUUACUCUUAAAGCAUGUGCUAAAGGUAGCUAUUCUGCCUCAGGAUAUGAUACAGAUGGAUCUGGAGCUGGAUGUACUGCUUGUACUGCAGGUACAUCAACUCCUAAUAUUUAAACUACAGGAACAGAUCAAUCUGUUUGUACUCUUACUCUUAAAGCAUGUCCUAAAGGUAACUAUUCUUCCUCAGGAUUUGAUACAGACGGAUCUGGAUCUGGAGCUGGAUGUACUCCUUGUACUGCAGGUACAUCAACUCCUAAUACUUAAACAAAAGGAAUAGAUUAAUCUGUUUGUACUCUUAAAGCAUGUGCUAAAGGUAACUAUUCUGCCUCAGGAUUUGAUAAUGAUGGAUCUGGAACUGGAUGUACUGGUUGUACUGCAGGUACAUCAACCCCUAAUACUUAAACUAUAGGAGUAGAUUAAUCUAUUUGUACUGUUACUCUUAAGACCUGUCCUGCUGGCUCAUAUAGUGUAUCAUCAUUUGAUACAGAUGGUAAUGGAUCAGGUUGUAAUAAAUGUGCUGUUAAUACUUACUCUGCUUAAGGUGCUACUUCUUGCACUUCUUGCACUAAUAAUCGUACCUCUCCAGCUGGAUCUACUGCUGUAACUGCUUGUGUAUGCCCAUAAGGAACAUCUGGUCCUACAGAUGGUGUCAGCUCAUGUUCCACCACUAGUAGUGGCUCAAUAAACACUCUUUUUAUAUCACUCUUUUUUAUUUUAAUGUGUUUAUUCUGA